CAUCCCAAAGCCCAGAGUGAUGCAUACACACACAUACACACACAGCAAAAGGCAGUUGAUGGGGGAAGCUUUUUAUUUUUAUUUUUAAAGGGACAGAGCCGAAUUGCAGCGAGCCACAAGCGGAUUUUUUGUCUUCAUCCUGUACCUGUCCGGAACUUCAGGCGGAACCGGGAGGAUGUGUCGGAGACCUGUUUGGGAGAGAAAAACAGCAUUAUUCAGGGAGGAAUUAAAAAAAUGAGCCUCUCGUCAAUUCUCUUCUCCUCUCAGCUGCACUAGCGUUAGCUUUAGCAUUGGCGUUAGCAUUAGCGCUUUAGCAUUAGCGGCCCCCUCUCUUCAUUUUGGCCCUGGUUUUGAGACAUUUCUCUGGUUCCCAGUUGUUUUAAAUCGGCCAGCUUCGACUGAAACACCUGGCGGCUUGUGUUGGGGUUUGUUAUGCAGGGCUACAUGUCUCUCAGCGACGGGAUAAUAAUACGUAAUCAUGCAAAUCAUACUGGCUCUAACGUGUUGGCCAAGCGUGUGAUGGGAUUUUUCCGUUUAAACUGAUCAGCCUGAAAGAAAAUGAGAAUCAUCCACUUCCGGAAGGAGCAGUCUUGUGACCUGGAGAGUCAUCUCUUGCUGUGCUGAAUGUGCGUGCUGCACGGUGGCUGCAGUGCGCUUGCACUGUAAUCAUGCAUUUUUUACUCUAAGGUGCUUUUUGUUUUGCAUAUGUAGCCCAGGAACUUCAUCACAACUCUCAUGGCUCUGAUUGGUCAGAGACCGACAUGGGAAUCCCCAUCUACAUUUAGUAGCAGCUCGAUGAGGCUCACCAGAGGCGUGGUCUCGCUGUGAGCCUGCCUCACGUGCACCCAGCCCCGGACACAUUUCGCCACAGCCAACUUCUUUAGAGGAAAGUUGUAGCGCUCUGUCCUCCCGUUUCCGAGAGACACGAUGACAAGUAGUGUUGGGACAGUGAAGAACCUGUGAUCUCUCCAGCGGAGUCAAGCGCUAACCCAGAAAAAUGAAUGGAGGAAAGGAGAGUGAGAGAGGGGAGGGGGAGGGGCAGCCUGCGCCUACCCAGGUGCCUAUUGGCUGGCAGCGAAAAUUGGAGUCCGCUGGGGUCAUCUAUAUCAGUCCCAGUGGAUCAGUGCUGUCCAGCCUUGAACAGGUGAAGUCCUACCUACUCACGGAUGGCACCUGUAAGUGUGGCCUGGAGUGUCCACUCAUCCUCCCCAAGGUGUUUAAUUUCGAUCCCGGGGCCACUGUCAAACAGAGGACUGCAGAGGAUGUGAAGGCUGAUGAGGAUGUCACAAAGCUUUGCAUCCACAAGAGAAAGCUCAUAGCUGUAGCCACUCUGCACAAAAGUAUGGAGUUACCGCACCCCUCCCUAACGCUGACUGGUCCCAGUGGAGGCACAAGUGCUGUGACGUCCAUGGUCCCUACCAUCCAGCGGUCAGCAACCCCUCGAGCAAUAAGGAAUAAGUCCCAUGAUGGGCUGCCCAACUCAACACUACCUGACUGUAAGAACCCUUUCAAGAUGAUGAUGGCAGCAGGUCCACGACACUACUCUUCAGACAUGAGCAGUUCUCAGCAGCCAGAGCAUUAUUCUGGAUACCCACGGCAAAGAUUGGGCAGUAAUGAGCCAGGGCCUAAGUCCCCCUACCGCAGUGGACCUGGAGGCAUGCUGAGUCCUUCAUCAGGUUUGCAGGCGUAUGGGGAUGGCUCUCUGUCCCCUAGAACAGACUCUUUGGGUAGUCCAGAUGGAUUUGCACGAAGUAAUCCCUGUGGCUUUCAGGGAGCUGGUAGUCCCAGCCCAAUUCAUGGCAACAGCAGGACACCCAUGUCCCCUCCUGGUGUCAUGAUCCAUGGUUCUGCUGCCACCCAGUUAUCCUGUGCCAUGGCUGGUAGGACUAACACGCCUCUCUCACCCCCAGUCACCAACAAAAGCCCUAUCAUGAAAAAGCCACACUGUAAUGUCAGCUACCCACCUAACAUGGACAUGACCAGAGCAGUAUUUCACCACAAGGCCCAGUCUGCACCUCACCCUAUUCCUCACCCUGUUCCUCCCUCUGUUAUGCCCCCCUCAUGUGCAGUCCAGAAAAAACAGAUGACUUCUGAGAAGGACCCUCUGGGAAUUCUGGACCCCAUUCCCAGCAAACCUUCCAUUCAAAGUCCCAUGACAAAUCCAAGCCCAUCCAACUUCCAGCCCAAUGCCCACUCUCAGGUACCAAUGAUGAAUGUAAACAUCCCUCCUGCCAUUGUCCCGUUGCCAAGCAACCUUCCAUUACCAACAGUGAAGCCUGGGCCAGUUGGCCAUGGUGGACACAUGCAGAGGACUCAGCAUGGAGCAGCCACCUCCAUCUCCCCCUCACCAGUUACGUCCCCUGUACACAUGUCUGGGCCUGCAAUGGCCCGCAUGGAAGCAUCUCCACAGCGAUCCCGCUCCUCUUCCACCUCAUCAGAGCAUGGGAGCUUUGCCAUGCCCUCAGGGCCCCAGGGCCCAUGUGGAAGCAUAAAGGUUCCACCACGCUCACCCAGAUCCUCCAUGGGCUCGCCCAGACCCACCAUGCCUUCCAGCCCCUCUUCCAAGCCUGACACACUCCAUCAGUACAAAGACCCCAACCAGGUUCUGUCGGGAAUGAGUAAUGCGAUUAGCAGUCAGCACAACUCCAUGUUUCCCCCAGCCUCAGGCAGUAGUGCUCCCCCGAAGAACCACCCUGGACUACUGGGCAUGCCCCUCAACCAGAUCCUCAACCAACACAACUCUGCCUCUUUCCCUGCCAGUAGUCUACUCUCAGCAGCAGCCAAAGCACAGCUAGCAAAUCAAAACAAACUUGGUGGUAGCAGUGGGGCUGCUAUGGGUGUUGGCACAGGAAUGGGUGCAGGUGCUGGUGGCAUUGGGAGUGGAAAUGCUAGUCUUUCCAGUGGUAGUAAUAACGGAAAUGGUGGCAAUGGGAUGCCUUGCUCUCUUAGUGGUGGAAGUAGUGGUAGCAGGGCUGUUGAAGGGCCCAACACUUUAAAUCCCAUGUUACCACCCAGCUCGACCAUGCUAAUGCCCAUGCCUGAGGGCCAGAGUGGACGUGCAGCUCUGCGGGACAAGCUCAUGGCCCAGCAGCGUGAUCCUCUCCGUAAGCGCAAGCAAACUCCUAAUGCUGGCAGCCAUGACAACAUGGUCUUCAGCAUGAUGAAACCAGAUAUGAGUGUUCCCAGGCCAACUUGCCCUCCUCCGGAGCAAAUGAGGAAAGUGGCCCGGCUUGGAGGUCUACCUCCCAACACCUCCAUGGCCCAGCUACUUCAGUCGAUGAGCAACCAGAGCUCCCACAUGGCCAGGAGUAGUCGGCCAUUACCUUCAGUUGGCCCUAGUCAGAUGCACUUUGGAGAGGGUGCUAUGCCCCCUGGCAUGGCCCAACAGAGCAUGCAGUUACAACAACGGCUUCACAGUCAGUCAGACCCAAUGCACUGUCAGAGCAUGGAGCCUGGUGCACAAGGCCCUCAGACUCCAUUCCCUGGUAUGAUGAACCAGAUGCAAGCCACAGCUAUGGGGAACUGUGGACCAUUGGGCCAAAGUGGACAGGUUACCCUAGGACAUCCUUCUAUGGGACACCCAAGCACUCACCCACAGCAGCUGUCUCAUGUACAUCAACAGCAACAAGGCAUUCCUCAUGGACACAUCCGGCCAAAUAUGUCCUGUAUGGUACCCAAUAGCAAUGAUGCUAGUUGUGCCCAAGCCAUGUCUGACACAGCUAAUGCAUCAUCGCUGAACUGCAGUAUAGGUAAUCCUCAGAUGGGCAGCAUCAUGAGCAGCACAGGACACAUGUACCAGCAGCACCAGCUGCAUCCAGCACUCCAGACCAUGCAUAGGGUCUCCCCAUACCAGGCCCAGGGGCACGCUUAUUCAGAAACAGCAUUUCCUGAGAAUAAUGUCUCCACCAACAUGGGCUGUCUGUACCAGGACUACCAGAGAUGCUUGCCAGACGGCACCCCAAUCCCCCACACCCAGAUGAGCUCACAGCCUGGUGUGACAUCACUUCCUGUGGAGCCAGGAAUGUUCCAGGAAGGUCAGCAAGAGCUCCAGGGGCAUAACGAGGUCUCAUUGGCAGCGGGCGCUGGAGGACAGAGAUCGGAGCAGUUGCCAGGUGCUGGCACGGAGGCGGUGGAUGCCCUGUACCGGACAGCAGUGGACACUGCCAGUAAAGGCAUGCAAGUGGGUAUCACCACGACAACAGCGGGCAGUAGUGGACCACAGGCCAGUCCUGUGCCUGCGCUUAGAGCCAUGACCGCCUUCACCGCCUCCAUCGGAGAGCCGCAUGGCUUGCCGCAUGCCGUCAAUGCGGUCAUUCACGGGCCACGUGGGCAUGAAGGCACUGACGUGCUGGUGCAGCCCUGCGCUAGGCCCCCGCCCCCUACGCGAAACAACCGAGCACGCAGGAGCUCAGAGCAGGGCAAGUGCACACCUGAUAGCACGGACACGCACGACUACUUCCGCUCACCCGGGCAGCAGUGGGAAGAGCCUGGUCAUGCCCACUGGAGAGGAGACGAGUUUCUGGAGUGUUCAGCGCAGGUGCGCAGCAGCCCGUGCAGUGACGGUGGGGAGAGAGUGGCGAGUGGCACGGAUACAAACCCGCAGUGCCACGAUUCGUCUGAGCCUUUGGGUGACGGAAAUGCCGGUAACUUCCGUUACAACCAGCUUCCCCUCCACGUCAAUUUCAAAGAGCGGCUGGAGCAGACGGUGGAGCGUUGUGCUCACAUAAACGGCGGUCCGCCUCUGUGUAUGCGAGGCAGCUAUAACGAACCGCUUACAGGUGACGACCAGUCCCCCAGCUCCUCCACCAGCUUGGAGGGGCCGCUGCUGAAGGACUACGCCCACUUCAACGGGCACUUUAAUGGGCACUGCGCACCCAGCCCCUCGGACACCAAGAGCCUGAGCAGCGAGGAGGAGCUGCGCCACCCGGAUUCGCCCUCUGCCGAGCUUCUUCACUACCGGCCAAGAGGCUUCAAUGUGGGUGAACUUGUCUGGCCAAUUAAAGGUUUCCCUCCCUGGCCUAACAAACUAGUAGGGGAGGAGCACGGCCACAAUCCCAGCAUGCAACUCUCCAACCAGGCCAAGGUGGAGCCUGAGAAGCUGAAAACACUAACACAGGACCUGGAGGCACUGAACAGAGCUGCCAAGAGGAACAGAAAAGCUGGGAAAUUAAAUAAUCAUUUAGAAGCUGCUAUCCAGGAAGCCAUGAGUGAGCUGGACAAGAUGUCAGGCACUGUUCAUCCAAUGUCCUCAAGAGAGCGAGAACGACAGAUGAAACUGCCCAAACCCAAAAGGAGGAAGAUCUCCAGAUAACAGAGAGAGAGGAGUGAGCCUCACAGAAUCCAGCCUCACAGAAUCCAAACACACACUCGUUUUCCUGCGCCAUGUCUCUCUCUCUCUCUCUCUCUCUCUCUCUCUCUCUCUCUCUCUCUCUCUCUCUCUCUCUGUGUGUGUUAAACUCAGACCUGGUGCUAUAUCCUAGCAGAUGGCUCAUCAUGGCCCCACCCUCACAAAGUGACUGACAGGUGCUGGAUAAAGCCAAUCAGAAAUGGUGGCGAUUUGACUACAACUCACUGAAGAACUAUUUUUUUCUAGAAUACAAAGAAAAUAUGGAGAAAAAAAAGAAGAAAAAAAAAUUACUGCAUUUAAGAGAAUAGACAGUCCAAAUAUUUCUGAUACAUUUUCAAUGUGUAUAUAGACAAUACAGAAAUUUCAUGGUGAAAUCUUGGGAAGAAAUGUAAAUAGUGUACGAUAAUGCCAUGUACAAGCAGACAUUGCAUACUUUAUCUUCAGUUGUACAAAAAAAGAAAGAAAUCAAAGCAGAAAACGUCUACCAAUGUGCUGGUUUCUAUUCAGUUCUCGGCCCAUAUGGCCACGUGUGAAUAGGAUGAAAUAGAGUCAGUUGGACGAUUUUAUGUGCUUCUUUUGGAGUGUGUGUGUGUGUGUGUGUGUGCGCGCCUAUAACUGGCAGGAAUGCAGAUAACCUUAAACAAUGUCAUACACUCAUGAGAGUGUAACAGAAUGGCUGUUCACAGCUGUGUGUGUGUGUGUGUGUAGACAAGUGGACUUCACCCGCUGAACGGGACAUGCACUGUUGCAGGACUGGCUAAAGUGUUUGGACCCCUGUAGUUUGGUCUUUUGAUCACUGAACACUACCAGAUCACAUUUCUCAUCCUGGCCGUAUUCGUCAUUUAUUUCUCUUGUGAGAUUGGAAAUAUUCAUACCACAGGCUAUCGAUUUAAAAAAACAAAAAACAUCCAAGCAUAUUGAUGAACCACCGAUGAUCAAUAUCACAUGACGUGUGCAAAUGUAACGGUCAUCAAGGUCUAACGGUAGUUUUGCAGUUUAUGGGGCCUUAUUUUAUUUGAAUUUUUUUGGUUAUAAAUUAUUUCUGUACAGUAUUCUGUAUUUAUUUUAGCUGUUCAAUUGUUCUUGGCAAUAAUGCAACCCUGAGCAAAUGCUCUGUAAAGCCUUACAUGUGUAUGUAUAAAGCUUAUAUCUAUAUGUAUCACUCUUACUUGAGAGUUACAGCCUUCAUGUUCAGUAUUAUUCCUCUAACAGAUACCUAUAUAUUUUUAUUUUGCCCCAUGCAGCGACAUAGCUUGAUACUAUUAUAGCAUAUCGGUGUUACUGUUACUAUUUUUCCGUUGCAGCAGUGUGUAGGACAGCUUGAUGAAACUCUGGUCAGAUCUUCAAGAAGAGAGCUGUGAGUUGAUUUUAUUGAUGUAUACAGUGUUAUUGUUUAUCUGUGUAAUACCAUAUCUGACCACCAGAGGUCCGAGGGGAAGAGAUAACAGAACAGAAAGGGAGCUCUGUGUACGUCGAGUUCGCGAUUUGGGUACAAGUUUGACACUUGUAGCAUGUGAUCCAUUGGCAUAGAAAGACACAGCUGACCUCAAAUCAGACUGUGAAAGAGAAAUGUAGAGUGAGCUGUAACACUACAGUCUUAUUUGAAACACUAAUGAGAAAAUGGCCGUAUUCCUCAUCAGUCGUGUGUGCACACUGACCUGAUAAGUUAGAAUCCCACAGCCAGGAGAGCAAAAUUGGCCAUGCUCUCUGGUCAGAAGGGGUGAUGUUACUCUUUCCAAUAUCAGUAAGAAAGAAAUUAACCUAUCGUAACCAUCAAUGGGAUUAUGUAUGCGGAAGAUGGCUCUUUCUUCCUGUGGCGUAGCAGGCACAACAGUUUGAAACUUUUUGCAUGUCUUCGAGGGAAGGACGUCUUAGUCUUCACUCUCCCUGGUUGGUAGCUGUCGUGUGUUAAGGGAGACCCACCUAGUGGGUAGGAAUUGGCAAGAAAAUAUGGUAAAAAUAAAUAACGAUGUCACCCAACAUCAUCCAACCAGUCAGUACAAUGAGGUGUCUUUUAGGAAGAGGUGACUGUACCUUUUAAGAUGAGGUAAGAAUAUACCACGUGCAGGAGGUUACUAAAAAAGAAUCAUGAAAAAACUUUGAUACAAGGUAGAUCUCUAACUCCAUCACCCUGGAACAGGGAACAAGUCAGAUAAUGAUGUAUUGAUGUACUGACUGGCAAAACAUUUGAGUAUUUUGUGUGUAUGUGUGAGAAAUAUACAGUUACACAGAGGGAGUGUUUUUUGGGGUUUUUUUUCCACAUCCGGAAUUUAAUUCCCAUCAUUUUGCCGUUAUUGUUUUAUCUUUAUAGGAAAUACACUACUAAGAGUUCUGAGUGCAAUACAAUAGAAUAUGGAUCUGAAAGCAGCCAUGUUGUCAUUUGAAUGUCCUGUACGUUUAUCAACUUUCUCUUCGAUGGCUGUUAGGCACAAACAGUCAAGAAGUCCCCGAUUUACGUAACUUUAACAUGCUUUACUAAUGGUUUCCCAUGCUGAAGUCUGCACUGUGCGUGUCCCAAGGUUCUGGUGAAGUCCACUCCGAGCACAGGCCACAGCCCUGUCCCUUUCACUCACAGUGUCUCAAGGUCAAAACCAGUUUUGUGUUCAGAUACUCACUGUUGUCCAUGGCUUUCUGCUUAUCUACGUUUGCUAACUUUCUUUUCCUGAGGUUUUUUUUUUCUUUCUUUCUUCGUCUCUUUGCUUGCUCUUUAUCUGACUGGUAUGACCAACCUUUACAUCAUCAGUAUCGGAGGAUUUUUUUUCCUCCUCUUGAACCAACAUGUAACUAAGUAUAUAUUUUCUCAUUGAUAUAUACUUUACAGCCUUUGACUUUGCGAAGUAUGUUGUGCACUUGAUUUUAUUCGUUUCAGCUAGCUAUGAUGCUGAGCUUAGGGAUAGUUUGUUAAAGUCAGUCAUUUCUUAUUGCUCUUUUUCGUUUGCUUUCGUUUGUUUGUUUUUUAGAUUUUUAUGGGUUGUCCUGAACAGCAGUUUUGUAAAUAUUGUGAACAUUACAGGUCAUACUGUGAUGUAACAUUGAAAUAAUGUUGCACCGAUGUUUCAAUUAAAAACUGAUCACUCAUACUUGAAA